AUGGGUUGUUGGAAUGGGUGUCUCAGAAGCAUGGUGUUCAUGGGUGCUUUUAUGGUGGCCAUGGUUGUUCAACAUGUGGAGUGCGAGGAAGGUGGUGAUCAUGUUCAUGACCCAGCCCAAAAAUUAGUUCAGAAUGGUGGCUUCGUUCAACGAAGUGGCACUAACUUUGUUCUGAACAACAAGCGUUUCUACUUCAACGGAUUCAACGCUUACUGGUUAAUGUAUAUGGCAUCUGACCCAUCCACAAGGCCCAAGGUCACUUCCGUUUUGCAACAAGCUUCCAGCCAUGGCUUAACUGUUGCUAGAACUUGGGCCUUCAGUGAUGGAGGUUACAGAGCCCUUCAGGUUUCUCCUGGUUCCUAUGACGAGAAAGUAUUCCGGGGAUUGGACUUUGUGAUAUCAGAAGCUGGAAAAAAUGGGGUUCGCUUGAUACUGAGCUUGGUGAACAACUGGAAAGAUUUUGGUGGGAAAAAUCAGUACGUGGAAUGGGUGAAGCAGCAUGGUCAGUACGUGAACAGUGAAGAUGAUUUCUUUACGCAUCCUGUUGCCAAGCAACACUACAAAAACCAUAUUAAGGCUGUGCUGACAAGAAAAAACACAAUAACUGGGGUGGCGUUUAAGGACGAUCCUGCCAUAUUUGCAUGGGAACUUAUGAAUGAACCUCGUUCCCAACGCGACAACUCCGGAAAAGUUAUUCAGGAAUGGGUGAUUGAGAUGGCUGCAUACGUCAAAUCCAUCGAUAACAAACAUAUGCUUGAAAUAGGACUGGAAGGGUUCUAUGGUGAAACAAUGCCCGGAAAAAAACAAUUCAAUCCUGGAUACCAACUUAUUGGCACUGAUUUCAUUUCUAACAACCUAGUUCACCAAGUCGAUUUUGCUACCAUGCAUCUCUACCCUGAACAAUGGAUGCCAGGUUCAACUGAAACUGCUCAGGCUGCAUUUGUUGACAAGUGGUUACAGACACACAUUGAGGAUGCGAAGAAUGUUCUGGGGAAGCCUAUUGUUGUUGGUGAGUUUGGGAAGUCUUGUAGGUCAUAUAGUGUGGCUGAAAGGGACAGUUACAUGAGCAAAAUGUAUGAUGCGAUAUACAGUAGUGCUAGUAGUGGGGGACCCUGUGCUGGAGGGCUUUUUUGGCAGCUCAUGGCUCAAGGAAUGGAUGGUUUACGUGAUGGUUAUGAAGUUAUCUUCCAGGACAGUCCUUCAACUACCAGAAUUGUAGAUCAGCAAUCCCACAAAAUGUCAAGUAUUGCUUAA